AUGAGUGUGGAUCAUGGCGUGACAGUAGCAAUCAUCGGAGAAACAGGCAUUGGCUGGUUUGACGUUGCCAAAGCAGGUCUGCUGGAAGUGAACGGCAUAAUAUGGACAGCAGGUACACAGGAGAUAUACCGUGGCCACGUUGCCACGGUUACACAAGAUUGUCCGCUAUUUGCGAGGACUGUAAAAGAAAAUCUAUGCUACGGAGCCAAAACAAUUACUACUGGUACGUUCAGUACGGAGCUCAUUUCUGAAUCUGCCAUGAGGGAGGCUAUGUCGCUGGCCUGUUUAGACAAUUGGAUUGAAAGUUUGCCUGAUGGUCUAGAUACCGUGUUAACUGACGGUGAUCGGCAGGUUUCCGGUGGCCAAAAGUAA